AGAAAAAGAAGAAUAUUUAUCAUGGAAUUGAACUCUCUCAACAAACCAUCUAACCGCAAAUCAUUCAACCAUUUUACAUUAACCUUUAAGAUUAAUUACCACAAAUCUAAUCACCUCCACAAUUUGUUCUCAAAGCUGUUAUUUACGUGUACGUCCUCUUUGAUUUGUCUUGUCUUGGUUCUGAGCAGUGAGCACCCACCACCAAACCAAACCCAACAGAGCAGAAAACCAAAAACCAAUAAAGAGCAAUCUCUCAGUCAGGACCUAGUGGGCUACACAAGAGCAGAGAAAGAACAACAACAACAAAGGGGUGCUUCAAGACAUUGUAGUCUCCUUGCUGUUCUGAGUGGUAAAUCACUUGAUAGUAAGCAGAAGCAGAAGCUGGAUGCUGCUUCCGAGGAUCAAUCUUCAUACCCCUUUCCAGAGCUUACUUCCUCUGGGCGCCUUGAGGUUAAAGUAUUGACCAGGCCUAGUGCUGAUGAACUUGGUCGGGUUCUUGAGCAACUGCAGCCGGAUUUUGUUUAUCUACAAGGGCAGCAGCUAGAAGAUAGGGGAGAAAUUGGGUCUCUUGUAUGGGAUGAUUUUGACCUGUCUAUCCCAGAAGCUUUAUGCGGAUUAUUUUCAUCGUCCAAAUUACCUAAUACUGUUUAUUUGGAAACUCCUAAGGGAGAAAAAUUGGCAGAGGCACUUCGUUUUAAGGGAGUUCCUUACACUAUCUACUGGAAAAAUGAUUUUUCAAAGUGUGCAGCUUCACAUUUUCAUCAAGCCUUUCUCUCAGCGGUACAGCGUACAUCCAGCCAUACAUGGGAUGCUUUCCAGCUUGCUCUUGCAUCUUUUAGACUAUACUGUGUACAAAACAAUGUCUUACCUCAUAACAGUCGGAAGGGUGGUGGUAAGCUUGGGCCACAAAUUCUUGGGGAUCCUCCUGAAAUUGAUGUUAGUCCAUGUGAAGCAGACAUGGAGGAAGAUGAAUGUACACCUGAAACUAUUUCUGCCAUAACGAUAUAUGAUGAUGCUGUGAAUAUGAGAUUUCUUGUUUGUGGAGUUCCCUGCACAUUGGAUGCAUGUUUAUUGGGGUCAUUAGAGGAUGGACUCAAUGCUCUCCUAUGUACAGAAAUACGUGGAUUUGAACUUCACAACCGCACAAGUGCUCCACCACCACCUCUCCAGGCAGGAACAUUCUCACGUGGUGUGGUGACCAUGCGUUGUGAUAUAUCCACAUGUAGCUCUGCUCAUAUAUCACUUUUGGUGUCUGGUAGUGCAGAUACUUGUUUUAAUGAUCAGAUUUUGGAGAAUCAUAUUAAAAAAGAGCUCAUUGAGAAGAGUCAACUUGUCCAAGCAGCUCCUGAUCAUGAACAAGUCAAAUUACCUUCAUCUGAGCCUCGAAGAUCAGCCUCUGUAGCCUGUGGAUCUAGUGUUUUUGAAGUUUGCAUGCGAGUUCCUACAUGGGCUUCUCAGGUUUUAAGACAGCUAGCACCAAAUGUUUCAUACCGCAGCCUAGUCAUGUUGGGAGUUGCUAGUAUUCAAGGAUUGGCGGUUGCUUCUUUUAAUAAGGAUGAUGCUGAACGUCUUCUUUUCUUUAGUUCAAAGCGGGAGAAAGAUAAGUGUCCUAAAGAACCUGUUUUCUCUGGGAAUCCUAGUUGGCUGAGGCCUCCAGCACCUAGUCGAAAAAGAUCUGAACUAUGCUCUAGAACAAAGUCUAUUAAUACUAGUAGCCUGAAAGUUGAAGAUAUUGGCAGUGAUAGACAGAAAUCAAAUUAUGCUGCAAUGAGGCCAGUCCCUCACUCUCAACGCCAGAAGAUUCUCCCCUUUUCUGGAUUGUAUGAAGGUGAAAGAUAUAAUGGAGACCAUGGAAAAUCACAGCAGCUACCUGCUCCAAUUAAGCAUCAUGUUUCAGGCCCUAAUUCAGUUACUCAUAGGAAAUCUGUGUCGAACUCGUUUCAAGCUAGCCAGAUUAUUUCUUUGAAUCCCCUGCCUAUGAAAAAGCAUGGUUGUGACAGAGCUCCAAUAAGAGCUUGCUCAGAGGAGGAAUUCCUGAGGGAUGUGAUGCAGUUUCUGAUCCAUCGAGGGCAUACUCGUCUCAUCCCGCAAGGUGGGCUUGCUGAGUUCCCUGAAGCCAUUCUGAAUGCAAAACGCCUUGACCUUUUCAACUUAUAUAGAGAGGUGGUGUCAAGGGGAGGUUUUCACGUUGGGAAUGGUAUCAAUUGGAAAGGACAAGUUUUCUCAAAGAUGCGCAAUCACACACUGACAAACAAAAUGACUGGUGUUGGCAAUACGCUCAAGAGACACUACGAAACUUAUCUUUUAGAAUACGAGUUAGCUCACGAUGACGUAGAUGGAGAAUGCUGCUUGUUGUGUCACAGCAGUGCAGCAGGUGACUGGGUGAACUGCGGUAUAUGUGGUGAGUGGGCACAUUUUGGCUGUGAUCGGCGGCAGGGACUCGGAGCAUUUAAGGACUAUGCAAAAACUGAUGGACUGGAGUACGUUUGCCCUCAUUGCAGCAUAUCAAAUUUCAGUAAGAAGUCUCAGAAAACUGCAAAUGGUUAUUAACAAGUGCUAAUGUACAUACAUGGCAAGUGUUAACAGAUUUACUUACACAGACGUCUCUGCGCCGGAUCCCUCUAUCUCUUGAUUAGUGAAGUUAGGUUCUCAGGAGUUUCAUUGUUUAACUUACAUUAAUGUUUUGUUUUGGAGUUUUGACAUGCUAUGGUCACAGAAAGGGCCAUCUCAGUUUUAUAGCAUCAGUAAUAUAUUUUCCUUUUCGACUGAUUUGUAUAACGAAUGAUUUUCCUUUUCCUCAAACCCAAUUAGUUUACUUGUCAGUUGUGACGAUGCACAGUUUUGUAACAGGUUCUAUGUUGCUAGCAAUGUAUCUCAUAGUUGUCAGCA